AACACCUAUAUAUGUAAUUAAUUAUCAAGACACUAACAUUUACAAAAUAUUUCAAUAUUGUCUAACAAUCUCAAUCCCUACAAACCCACUCCCCUCCCCCAAAAAAAAUGGGGAAACCCCAUUUCUUAUCAUUGUUGUUGCUCUUCAUUCUUUGCACAAUAGAAUACUCGCAACAAUCUUUAGAUGAUAAAAUAUCGAAUUAUCUUAAUGAUAAGACGAAAGGGGCUUCACAUGAUCUAGCUGAUAAGUCAAAGUUUCUGGCUGCGCAUGGCUUGGCUCGUGCCAAGAAAGGGUUGAUGCCGCUCAUGUGGGACUCUAAACUUGCUAAAUACGCGCAAGAUUGGGCCUUGAAAAGAAAAUCUGAUUGUGAGCUAGAGCAUUCCUUUCAGGAUGGCCAAUUCACACUCGGGGAGAACAUAUUUAAGGGUAGUGGCUCUGAUUGGACUCCAAAAGAUGCUGUAAAAAUAUGGAUGGAGGAGGAAAAUAACUACUCGUACGAUAGUAAUAGUUGCGCGGAUGGCAAAAUGUGUGGCCAUUAUACACAAAUUGUGUGGCGGAAUACUAAGAAAGUGGGUUGUGCUAGGGUUAUUUGUGACAAUAAAGAUACAUUUAUGAUUUGUAACUAUGAUCCGGUGGGUAAUGUAUUUGGUGAGAAACCCUACUAAUUUCUUAAGCUAAUAAUUAAAUAUUGGAUACAUGGUACAUAUUAUGUACUAAUGAUUUUAUGUAACAAUUAGUGAGGCACUAUUAGAGUAUUUUUCUUUCAAAAAGAAAAAAAAGAUUGGAUUACUUUCCAAUUAGUUAAUCACCAUUAAAAGCA